AGCAGAGAGCAAAUGGUCUAAUCGCGAGCAGCAGCAGCCAGCAGGGCAAGCAAGACAAGUCGCCCCUUCCGUCACCUCAAGAGCUCACUUGUGCUCCCCCUUCCCCCUCUAUAAACCCGCCUCCCUAGUCCCUCCUCUCCUCCCCGUCCGUCCUCAGAUCAAAACCCGGAGCCCUUCCUCGCGACCGAUCAUGGCGACCGCUGCUGCUGCGUCCCGGGUGGCUGUCUCGGCGCCGGUCUUCGGCUCGGAUCGCGGCGUCGGGAGCUCCGGGAUCAAGGGCAACAGCAAUGUUAGCUUCAGCAACAAAUCAUGGGUGGAUGGCACAUUGGCCUGGGAGAGCAAGGCAAUGCGGCCCAGGCACGCGAACAAGGUGCUUUGCAUGUCGGUCCAGCAGGCGAGCAAGAGCAAGGUCUCUGUCACGCCACUCAACUUGGAGGGCACAAAGGAGCCGCCCCUCAACACAUACAAGCCGAAGGAGCCCUACACGGCCACCAUUCUCUCGGUGGAGAGGAUUGUAGGUCCCAAGGCUCCAGGGGAGACUUGCCAUAUCGUCAUUGACCAUGGUGGCAAUGUGCCUUACUGGGAGGGCCAGAGUUUCGGUGUGAUUCCUCCUGGAGAAAACCCGAAAAAGCCUGGAGCCCCACAUAAUGUCCGGCUUUAUUCAAUUGCAUCGACUAGGUAUGGAGAUAACUUUGAUGGACGAACCGGAAGUUUGUGUGUCCGCCGUGCAGUUUAUUAUGAUCCUGAAACUGGCAAGGAAGACCCCUCAAAGAAUGGUGUCUGCAGUAACUUCCUAUGCAACGCAAAACCUGGGGACAAGAUUCAGUUGACAGGUCCCUCUGGCAAAAUAAUGCUUCUACCUGAGGAGGAUCCAAACGCAACACAUAUCAUGAUUGCCACUGGUACCGGUGUUGCCCCGUUCCGUGGGUAUCUGCGCCGCAUGUUCAUGGAAGAUGUUCCGAACUACAGAUUCGGUGGCCUGGCUUGGCUUUUCCUUGGUGUUGCUAACUCAGACAGCCUUCUCUAUGACGAAGAGUUCACAAGCUAUCUUAAGCAGUACCCAGACAAUUUCAGGUAUGACAAAGCCCUCAGCAGGGAGCAGAAGAACAGGAGCGGCGGCAAGAUGUACGUCCAGGACAAGAUCGAGGAGUACAGCGAUGAGAUUUUCAAGCUUCUGGAUGGUGGUGCUCACAUCUACUUCUGUGGUUUGAAGGGAAUGAUGCCUGGGAUUCAGGACACCCUCAAGAAGGUGGCGGAGCAGAGAGGGGAGAGCUGGGAGCAGAAGCUGUCGCAGCUCAAGAAGAACAAGCAAUGGCAUGUCGAGGUUUACUAAUUUACUAGGGUCUGAUUAUUUAGCAGGCGUUAUGAUUGUUUUGCUGCGAGUUAAUGCCAAGAGGAGGCACAGAUACAUUAUUGGGAUUGAAUGAUGAAUGAUUGUUGUGGUGGUGUAAAAUUGCAAUAAAAGUGUUCUUGGUGAGAAUCAUAAGAUCACGCAAGCAA